AUGCUAGAGCAGACCCUUCUGUCCUAUAUUGCUGAGGGUUGGCCAUUGUCCGAGAUUGUCGUGGUCGACAACACUGGAUCAUCUCGCCAAAACCUUCACGGUCUCCUGUCAAGUGACAAUCAUACCUUUCUCAACUACACUCGCCUGUUACAGCAUUAUGGUGUCAGUAUUUACCGACUCCCAAGCCGGCAAAGCUUCGCGCAGUUACAAAACUUUCUUUUGGAACUAGCUUUCGAAAGCCAGUGGCGAGACUUUUACAUCAGUCACCAAGACGUUGUCGUCCGAAGGAGAUUUAAUUCGACACUCUCCGUCUAUCAACAUAUUUUGGCAGAUCGAACAAGCACGGCUCCCAGAGCCCUGACGUGGUUUCACUACGAUUGGCUCAGCCGUGUCAAUGUUCAUGCCGCAGUUGAAAUCGGAACCUGGGAUAUCCUCAUCCCCUGGUAUCCUGCAGAUUGUGACUAUUAUGGUCGGGCUCGCCUCAAAGGGUUUCCUAUUCUGGACUAUUAUGCCGGGGAGUUUUACGACGUCGCAUCGUGCCUCUCUGACCCUGAGAAGAUGUUGUUUUGGCCUCCCAACACGACCGAGUACCAAAGAGUCGACGAAGCGUUGAAGGAAAUGGCGCUUGAGAAGGGGAGGAACGGAAAGAGAAGUAACAACGGACGCAAUACCUGGCAAGGUCGUGAGGAGCAUGGGAUUUCGGAUGACUUUGGUCCUAGAUUCCAAAGAAUGGUCGGAGCAUCCAGGGCGAAUUACCGUCAGAAAUGGGGGACUAGACAUCGUUAUUUCAGCGGGUAA